AUGGCGGAGUACGUCGCGCUCGCGGCCGAGGAGCGCGCGCUGCUGCCGUGCCAGGACGGCUCCGCGGAGGGCGCCAGCCGCGCGGUGCGGUCGCACCGGCUGCUGCGGGCCCGGGAGAGGCUGCGGCAGGCCGCGGCCUUCGAGAGCAAGUCGAGCGGCCAGCGCGGGCGGGAGGCGCGGAAGGCCCUGCUGGAGGCGGAGGCUGGGGAGCGCGAGGCCGCGGCCGCCUGCGAGGAGGGGGGGCUGGAGGCGGGCGCGGAGCUGGAGGCGCAGGGGCUGCUGGCCGACGUGCGCGAGAGGCUGCGCGUGCUGGACGUGGGCGCGCUGCGGGCGCGGGCCGAGGUGCUGCUGAGGGGCCUCGGGCUGACCGAGGAGGCCCUGGGCGGCCCCACGGUGCGGCUGAGCGGCGGCUGGAGGAUGCGCAUCGCGCUGGCCAAGGCGCUCUUCACCCACCCCGACGUGCUGCUGCUGGACGAGCCCACGAACCACCUGGACUGGGCGGCCACGCUGUGGCUGGAGAAAUACCUGCAGACCUCGGACAUGGAGGAUGUUGCAGUUGUCGUUGUGUCGCACGACCGGACGUUCCUCGAUAACGUCUGCACGAUGAUCUUGCGAACCCAUGAGAAGAAAUUGCACCUGCACAUGGGGAACUACUCCACGUUCGAAGAGGCCCACAGGAUAGACCAGGAGGGGCGGGCCGAGCUGGCGGCCAAGGUGGCCGAGAAGCGCGCGAUAGCCGAUAAGAAGAUCAAGGAGAUGGAGCAGAGGGGCAGGGCUACGAACAACGACAACCUGCUGAAGCAGGUUGCCUCGCGCCGCACCAAGAUGGGAGUCAACCGCCAUGACGGCGGGAGCUUCAAUCGGGUAGGUCUGGAGGGCGCGAACGGCCAGAAGUUCAAGGCUUCGUACGCCACGGAGCUCACAGCAGAGGCCGCAAUGACCACCGAGACUAAGGAAGCCGACGUUAAGUUGAGAGUUAAGUCGGCGGUGCCACUCGGCAGCGAUGUUGCCAUGCUGCAGUGCAGGGAGGUUGCCGUAGGCUUCGAUGGGAAGCAGCCUCUCGUCGCGAAGUUUGAUCUCGAUAUUCGCAUGGGUUCUCGCAUCGCCUUGCUGGGUGUCAACGGCAGUGGUAAGACGACCUUGCUGAGGGUGUUGACCAAGGAUCUGGAGCCCUUGGGCGGCGAGGUGUACCAGCAGCCGCGCGUCGUUGUUGCCCACUUCAACCAGCACCAGGCCGACGGCCUACCGCUGGAGCUCAGUGGCAUUGAGGUGAUGAGGGAGCGGUUCCCAGACGCCACGGAGGGGGACAUUCGCGGCCAUCUCGGCAGCUUCGGCAUGGGCCGCCAGGCGGUUCAGCCGAUCCAUACAUUGAGCGGCGGCGAGAAGGUCCGCGUUGCCCUGGCCGCAAUCACCUUCAGGCCGCCGCAUAUCUUGCUGUUGGACGAGCCCACAAACCACCUAGACCUGCAGACAGUGGAGGCGCUCGGCAAAGCGCUACAGGACUUCGAGGGUGGCCUGGUGAUCGCGUCUCACGAUCGGAGGCUUCUGAAGGAGGUGUGCAUCGACUUCUACGGCAUUCAAGGCAGGAAGCUGCAGAAGACAGCCCUGGCCGACUUCGUCAAAGCCGUCCGCUCUGGAGCAGCAGCGACGAAGUGA